AUGCAGUGGACGUUCAACCCAAGAACUCCAGGGGCCUGGCCAGAGUGUGUGGAGAGGAGAAGGGGGCCUCUGAGACACUGGCAACCAUGGCCUCGAGUUGUUUAUGACAAAUGCCACGUCCAGGUGGGACUGAGGAGCCUUUUCUCAGCGGAAAGAGCCCGAGCUGAUGUGGGGGACUGGGGCGCCCCCGCGGUGAGCCUCCCCUGUCAGCUGAGACAAACUGCAGCUCCUGGGAGUGCCCUAGAUGCGACAGAGCUCCAUCCGUCACAUCAGCAGCGGAGGCAGAGGCGCACGGUGAAGGCCCGCGGUCACACAGACACGCACACCGCCGCGGGCCGCUCCUCUGCAGGUGCGCACCGCUAA